GAGGAACGAGGGGGUGUCACGCUUCUGAUACUAACAUUAGAACACUUGCCUGACUUCAGUAAAUGUCCAAUGAAUGAACGGGGUGUUGCAGAGUAGAGAGAGCACAGUAGCAUACCCUAAUAAAUCGAAGCACCACUUUAUCUCGAGCAAGACGAGUGCCAUCAUUCUCCCUGUCUCACGUCUCCUGUGUACGCGAGUCUCUCUCCAGGGAACAAGGUAUCCAAAAUGACUAAGCGCAAAUCAAAGACUGCCGCCAACUUCAAGCCAGAGCGCGAGGACAACUCUUUCUUAAUAGAAUCCCACCCAGUGUCCGAGUCACGAAGAAGAGUAAAUCAAGUUGCGCUGCCAUGCAUGUUGUUCCUUAUCGUCGCGAUUGGAGGGGCAUCCGCGGGCUGGUUUUGCCUGCAACAGCAACAAUCCAUUGAUCAGCUAUCAGAAACGUUUAGGGCCAUGCAAAUAAGAAUCACCAAGUUUCAGCAGCAGAUGGGGCUGAGAGACGCACAGAUGAGAUCAGGAGGUCUGAUCGAGGAGAGGAUACUGGCUUUGGAGGCAGCUCAGAAACAGGCCCAGCAGAAGGCGGAGGUUACCCUGGUAAUGUCAGAGCAGUUGAAGAGCAUCGACCUCAAAUCCCAGUUGUGGGCACUCCACAACGAGAUGAACACCAGGCUGGCUGAGUUCCAGCAGGUAGCCAUCUCCUCCGCAGCCCUGCAGGCCAUGAUGAAGAACAAGAGCGAUGACUUUGAGUCGAUCAAGGAGAGCGUGGCGGCCGUUUCGAGCUCCAACUCUGCGCUAGCUUUGAGCUUGGCGAGGAUGACCAGCACAGUGGACAACGUCAAAUCCAGUCUGGACGAGCAGGUGUCUACGGUGGACGGCUUGACGUCACAGCUGGAAGGACAGGUCACUGAGCAGAGGGAACUGAGAGAGUUUCUGAGUCUUGACAGGAUAGUGCUUCAUAACAACCACCAGGAAGUGGGUGAAAUAAAGGAGUUGCUGGAGGAAUGGCAGGUCAAGAAGGCCCAGACUCUGGAGCAGCAGCUGCAGUUAGUGACCAGGACCCUGGAUGAGCAGCACAUCAGCUCCCAAAGCAUGCACCCCCAUCUCAAGAGGCAGCUGGAGGCUGUUCACAGCCAGCUGGUGAAUGGUGGUCCACUCAGCCAAGAGGAAGUAGACUCCGAGGCGGCAGAGGCCUCGGAAAUGGCAGAAUGGGAGCAUGAGGUAACAGAGGAAGAACCUGCUGAGGAGGAGGUAGAGGAGGACUUUACUGAGGAGGCAGUGGAACAGGAAGCUGAAGAGGAGGGCGUUACUGAGGAGGCAGUGGAACAGGAAGCUGAAGAGGAGGAAAUGGAGCAGGAGGAGUCAGUGGGAAAGGAAGUGACAGAGGAGCCAGAAAAACAGCUAGUUGUAGUGGAGUCAUUGGAAGAUGGUGUUACAGAAGAGCAACUGGAGGAGGAGGAGCCAAAGGAUGAGGAAGAGGAGAUUGAUGAUGACAAUGACUUCCCAGAGGACUGGUCUCCUGAGGAGCAAUGGGAUUUGAACUGUUGGUUGGACCGGACCGCUGGACCCCACGUGAACCUCAUGCAGUGGAGAUUAUCCUGCAGCGAUGUCAUCUCAUCUCUCCCCCCGCAACGCAAAGGAUCAGCCACGCACAAGAAAGUCAUCCACUGAUUCGUCUCCCGCUAAACCCUCGCCGACCUCCAGAAGCCUCAAAAAUCCGUCCAAUACAGCCUCAGCAUUUUACUCCCACGACUGGUCGUAUAAGUGUCAGAUAACUUUUGAGUUUCCAUGACAUCAUCAGCUCCAUGCAAUUUUUUCACAAGGAAGAAAGUUGCCUCGGAAUUUGACUGAGAGGAGUCCUGUGUAACUUAAAAAAAGAGACAGCUGACAUAUAUACAACUCAGAUUGUCAUUGAAGAUACUUAUCAGACAGGAUCAACUAGAUCAAACCCUUUCAGAGGCAUGCAUUCAAGUGGGUC